AUAGUCUAUAUUUAAUCCAAUAACCAACCAUUUUGGAGAAUCUCUUUUUUUUUUCUUUGAACGAAAGAAUCUCUCUCUCUCUCUCAAUCUCUCCAAUGGCGUCUCCUCGUGGCCUUCCGAUAUCCUUCAUCGUCCUCACUCUAUUCACCUUCUUACCAAAUCACGCAACCUCUCUCCGCACCUCCUUCAUCAAGCUCCCGGGAAGCGACGGAUCUCGCUCCUCCGCCGCGGAUACUUACUGCGAGAGCUGGAGGUUGGCCGCGGAGACCAACAACGCCGGCACCUGGGAUGUGAUCCCCUCCGUGUGCGUUGAUUCCGUCGCCGGUUAUCUCAACGGAGACCAGUACGCAUCCGAUUACGGCGUCAUCGCCGAUUACGCGCUCGCCUUCGCGAAAACGGUUCAGGUUUCCGGCGACGGCAAGGACGUCUGGAUCUUCGAUAUCGACGAGACGCUCCUCACGAAUUUAGACUACUACAAGGCUCAUGGUUACGGGUCUGAACCGUUUGAGUCUAAUAGCUUCAACGAGUGGGUGGUAGAAGGAACAGCUCCAGCUUUUGAAGCGAGCUUGAGACUGUACAAUGCUCUCAAGAAACUCGGUUUCACCAUCGUUCUCCUAACUGGUCGAGACGAGCACCAAAGAAGUGUCACCGAGACUAAUCUCCGAGACGCCGGUUACUCCGGUUGGGAAAGGCUCCUCUUGAGAGGUCCUGAAGAUCAAGGGAAGUCAGCUACGAACUACAAGUCCGAGCAGCGGUCGAAGUUGAUCGGGGAAGGCUUCAAGAUCCGUGGCAACACCGGCGAUCAAUGGAGCGAUCUUCUCGGCUUCGCCGUGGCUGAUCGUUCUUUCAAAGUCCCAAACCCAAUGUACUACAUUCCUUGAUGAUCAUUAGUGUUCUCAUUCAUGUACUGAGUAACAACAACAACUCAUGUAUGAUUUAUUUAACCUUGAUUAAUGCACUAAUCACCAAUACAAGAGGGUGAUCAACAACUUCAA